GUUCAACUAAAACUAAGUGUUUGAUGACGUCUUUAAUCGCAAAAUAUGCUUGUAUCACAUGAUUAGUGACGUCAUUAUAUACUCAAUUUUUAGUAGAAUUGCAGGGACCACAGACGUAGAAAACGUCUGUACAAUCCCUUUAAUGUAAUGAUAUACGGUCUAUAUGACCAUGUCUAUAAACUAAAUGCAUUGGUUGGACAUUGACAGUGAAAUAUUCUCCAGUUUGCAUCCUGUGUGUUUAAAGAAGAUUACUGGAUAUUAUUAUUAUUGCUUAUUAAGGGUUUAAUUUAUAUUUUAAGGUAGAACAGUAGUGAAGAUGAAUCCUUUAAAGCCAAUCUUCACGUGGCUGUGUAUAGUUUCAACCAUUGGUGCUGAUUUUGUGAGUUUGUGUUAUUUUACAAAUUGGGCAUUUGAAAGGCCAGAAAGUGACGCCCGAUUUUCCCACAAAAACAUUGAUCCAUAUCUGUGUUCACAUUUAAUUUAUGCAUUUGUUGACAUUGACCCAACGGAUUUAGUUUUAUCAUCGAAAUCGCAACAUGAAGAAUCAAAAUAUAAAGAAUUUAAUAAUCUGAAAACUAAAAAUAAAGAUUUAAGAACUCUCGUGUCCGUUGGUGGACAAAAUGCCAAAUCGAAACAAUUCGCUGCAGUGUCUUCGAAUAUUCAGAAUAUCCACCAUUUUGUGAAAACCAGUGCCAAAUUUUUACGUGAUAGGGGUUUUGACGGGCUAGAUUUAGAUUGGGAAUAUCCAACUAGAAACACUAAAGAACAAUUUACCAUACUAGUUAAGGAACUACGUAAAGAGUUUGAUGAAGAAGCUAUAGACUCUGGUAAAGAAAGGCUAAUAAUAACUAUAGCUGUACCAGCAGGAAGAGCUAGAAUUCUAGAUGGUUAUCAACCAGAAGAACUUGCCAAGUAUGUUGAUUAUUUCAACGUUAUGGCGUAUGAUUAUUUUGGUCCUUGGAAUCGAAUCUCUGGUUUUAACAGUCCACUGUAUCCUCGUGAUUCCGAUACCAGAUUCUCACCAGAAUUAAAUAUGCAAUGGACAGUAGAGCAAUGGAUACGUCUUAAAGUACCAAAAGAGAAGAUCGUGGUUGGUAUGACUGGAGCUGGGGCAAGUUUUAUACUCAAUGAUACCGACUCACAUGGUGUUGGUGCAAAAGUAGAUGGUGGUGCUGAACCUGGUCGUCUGUAUAAAUUUGAAGGUCGCCUGGUAUACCCAGAGAUAUGUGAAUUAGAACAGAAUGGUGGAACAGUAGUGUUUGAUACAGAACAAAAAGUACCCUAUCUAUAUAAAGAUGAUUUAUGGGUCGGGUAUGAUAAUCCCAAGAGUAUCAAGGCAAAGGUAAAGUGGAUGAUAAUAGAAGGAUAUGGUGGAGCAAUGUUCUGGUCCCUGGACUUCGAUGAUUUUUCUGGAAAAUUCUGUAAGAAAGAUAAAUUCCCUUUAUUAAAGGCUAUGCAGCUGGAGAUCAGUAAAUAUACUAAAAAGCCAGUGUAUACAGAGCAUCCUAAAGAAGUGUUUGGUCGAGAUGUUGAGAACUAUGGAUUUCGCUCAGUGCAGUCCUGCGUAACUCUUGUGGUUUUUGCAUUGUGUGUUGCGUGUAUUCCUUUUAAAUUUGUGUAA